AUGAGGACCCUGGUGCUGGCCCUGCUCCUGCUGACCACCACUCUGCUGUGCCCAGCCACCGCUGCACUGCGCGUUGGUGCCUUCAACAUCAGGGCGUUUGGUGACACCAAGAUGUCCAACAAGGAAGUGGCAGAUGUCAUUGUUGGCAUCCUGAAGCGCUACGACGUGGUGCUGGUCCAGGAGGUGCGGGACUCCGACCUCAGCGCUGUCACCGACCUCCUGGAGCAGCUCAACAGUGUGUCCACGUCCCCGUAUGACUACGAGAUCAGCGAACCCCUGGGGCGGGAGAACUACAAGGAGAUGUACCUCUUCAUCUACAGGACGGAUGUUGUGUCUGUGGUGGAUACCUACCAAUAUGAGGACCCCCAGGAUGUCUUCAGCCGGGAGCCGUUCAUCCUGAGGGUCUCAGCGCCCCACACCAAGGCAAAGGAGUUUGUGCUGGUGCCACUGCACUCAGCCCCACACAAUGCUGUCGCUGAGAUCGAUGCGCUCUACGAUGUCUACCUGGCCAUUGUCAGCAAGUGGGAGACUGAUAACAUCAUGUUCCUGGGGGACUUCAACGCCGACUGUGCCUACGUGCAGCCAGGGGACUGGUCGGCCAUCCGCCUGCACACCAGCCACGUCUUCAAGUGGCUGCUCCCCGAGGGCACUGACACCACCGUGGGGAGCUCAGACUGCGCCUACGACAGGAUCGUGGUGUGCGGGGCCAGGCUGAAGAGGAGCAUCGUGCCCGACUCAGCCGGCGUCUACGAUUUCCAGCGCGCUUUCCGGCUGAGCCAGGAGGAGGCCCUGGCAGUCAGUGACCACUACCCAGUCGAGGUGAAGCUGACAGCUUGA